CGAGCAAGACGAUGGUGACGGAGCUGUGGCUGGCUGAGGACGAGUUCCAGUCGGUGGCCGUGGCCCCGGGCUCCCACAUCACCUUCUGCCUCAAGGAAUUCCGUGGCCUGCUGAGCUUUGCCGAGGCCUCCAACCUGCCCCUCACCAUCCACUUUGACAAGCCCGGCAGGCCGGUGAUCUUCACCCUGGAUGACACUGUCCUGGAGGUUCACCUGGUGCUGGCCACCCUCUCUGACCUAGACAGCAGCUCCCAGUCCCCUUCCACCAACGGCGUGUCCCACCUGCCUGCCCCGCCAGACGACUUUGGUGACGACCUGGAGUCCUACAUGGCAGCCAUGGAAACCAGUGAGGGGUGCUCAGAGGGACCCCCCAGCCCCACCUUCCCCCUGCGCACCCCCCAGCCAGCCAAGAGCAAACCCCAGCAGCAGGAGGAGGAGGAGGAGGAGGAGGGAGCUGUGCCAGGGACCCCCCCGCACAAGAAGUUUCGCUCCCUGUUUUUUGGCUCGGUGAUGACACCAGGAAGGCCUGGUCCGGCCACCACCCAGGAGGUGCUGGCGGAGGACAGCGAUGGAGAAAGCUGAGCCCCCGAGUCACUGCCACCCCCAGCCUCCAUCCAACCACCAGCACAGGCACCCCCCAGUGACCCAUUACAAGUUUAUUCCUCAAAAAAUCCUCCUGCCCCCCCCUCCGCUGCCACCCCAGGGCUGGGCUCUGGGCUCCCCCCUCGCCCCAGCACUCCCUGCCCUGGGCCUGGAUUUGCUUUGGUGGAGCGUGGCGGGGGGGGGGCAGGAUCCUACAAAUAAAAAAACGAGUCGAAAGAAAA